AUGGAGAGGGCGCCGGGGUGGGUGGGGGGAUUGGUGGAGGAGAGCUUCUUCGUGGGGUGCGGGGCCCACGAGAGCCGGAAGAAGAACGAGAAGAACAUCUUCUGCCUCGGCUGCUGCACCAGCAUCUGCCCCCACUGCGCCCCCUCCCACCCCUCCCACCCUCUCCUCCAGGUACGACGAUACGUGUACAACGACGUCGUUCGAUUGGAUGAUCUCGAGAAGCUAAUCGACUGCUCCUAUGUUCAGCCCUACACUAUAAACAGUGCAAAAGUAAUUUUUCUGAAGCCAAGGCCCCAAUCAAGGCCCUUCAAGGGCUCUGGCAACAUCUGCCUCACUUGUGAUAGGAUCCUCCAAGAGCCUUUCCACUUCUGCUCCCUCUCCUGCAAGGUUGAUCAUGUGAUGCUACAAGGUGAGGAUCUAUCGAGCAUCCUGUUCCGGUUUGACGAGUCGGACUUCGCCUUCUCGCGCUUCGAGAAUUUGAGGAUGGACAGCUCCGACCUCAUCGAGGACGACGGCCAGAUAACGCCCAACUCGAUCCUCGAGCACCCUUACCACUACAACGGCUCCUCGGGAUCGAGCAACGGCGGCAGUGGCGGCGGCAGUGGCGGCGGCGGCGGCGGCGGCAGAAGCACUUCUCGGAAAGGCGAGGCGUCUGAAGUGCAGAAGAGGAAGAAAGGUGGUGGCUUCUUCCCUCAGAUAGUGUUGUCUCUAAGCAACAGGAGGAAGGGUGCUCCUCACAGAUCUCCUCUCUCUUGAAUCCUCAAUUUCCACAAGACAGAAAAGAAAAAAAAAAAAAAAAACAAGAGCAGGAACCAAAAAAAAAGAAAUGAAAAGCUCAAGAGGGUAAAUUCUACUAUAGAACAUCUAAUAGUUGAUGUUUGUUUAGUGUGUGUGUGUGUAUGUGUUUGUUCUUGCCCAGAAUGCCCCUAUUCAUGUGGAGAGGGUGGGGGGGAUAUUAUGGGCAUUAUUUUGCUGCUACUCUGAAGAGGACUCAAGAGCAUUUCCAUUGCAAACUAGGUGGCCACAGUGGACCAUAUUUGAGGCUCACAGUGGCCACCAAUUUUGUAUUCAUUGCAAUGGGGGUGCACAUUUUCCAUAUCCAUCCUUAUAUAUUCAUAUAUUUAUAAUUUAUAUGUAA